AUCAGAGAAAGUGCAACAUUGACCAGAGAUGUACUUGAGCAACAUUUUAAUGAUUUGAAAGGGACCCUAAAGAAGCUGUUGGAUGAGCGACUAAUGUCACUGCUGCAGGAGGUGGAUGCUAUAGAACAAGAAAGCAUCAAACCCUUGGAUGAAUGCCAGAAGCUGAUAGAGCACGGAGUCAGUACAGCCGAUGAUUUGCUCCGGGAAGGAGAGAGUGCAGUCCAUGGAGAUGUGGGACAACAGAAUGAGAAACUGUGCAGCUUUACAAAAAAAGCUUUACAUAUUCAGCUAGAUAGCUUACCAGAAGUGCCCUCCUUGGUUGACGUGCCUUGUUUGUCUGCCCAGUUGGAUGACUGCCUUCUUACUAUAUUGAAAAAUCAAAUAUUCAGACAUGGAACUGUGGCAUCUCGCCCACCUGUACAGCUAGAGGAAUUCAUUGAGAAGCCUGGAGGUAUUUUAGUCCGAUGGUGUAAGGUGGAUGAUGACUUCAUACCACAAGAUUACAGACUGCAAUAUCGCAAGAGUACUGCCAGUCACUUUGAAGAUGUAUAUGUUGGCUCGGAGACAGAGUUCAUAGUGCUGCAUAUCGAUCCUAAUGUUGAUUACCAGUUCAGAGUCUGUGCCCGAGGAGAUGGACGGCAAGAGUGGAGUCCAUGGAGCGUUCCUCAGAUCGGCUGUACCACGCUAGUUCCCCAUGAAUGGACAGCUGGUUUGGAGGGUUACAGCUUGAGCAGUCGAAGAAACAUAGCACUUCGAAAUGAUUCUCAGUCAUGCGGUGUGCUCUACUCCAAAGCUCCUACUUAUUUCUGUGGGCAAACAUUAACAUUCAGAAUUGAAACCGUGGGACAGCCAGACAGACGAGACAGCCUAGGAGUGUGUGUGGAGCAGCAGAACGGCUAUGAUUCUUUGCAGCGGGAUAAAGCUGUGUGCAUUAGCACAAACGGGGCAGUAUUUGUAAAUGGAAAAGAGAUGACAAACCAACUGCCUGCUGUUACUUCUGGAUCGACUGUGACGUUUGACAUGGAAGUUGUGCAGUUAGGGCCUUCCAGCAACGAGGGAGGAAACUUCAAGCUUCGAGUAACCAUUAGCUCUAACAACAGAGAAGUGGUCUUUGACUGGGUACUGGAUCAAUGCUGCGUCUCUUUGUAUUUUGGAUGUUCAUUUUCAUACCCAGGCUGGAAAGUUUUGGUGUUUUAGUGGUGAGUGAAGGGAUUUUUGUUCUUGCUAUAAAGUGUAAUGUUAAAGCCUGGGUUU